AAUGGAAGUUGCUUCCAGCCUUUUUAAAGAUAAAAGGUUUGGUAAAACAACACAUUGACUCAUUCAACUACUUCAUUAAUGUGGAGAUAAAAAAGAUCAUGAAGGCUAAUGAAAAGAUUACAAGCGAUGCAGAACCUAUGUGGUAUCUAAAGUACCUUAAUAUUUAUGUUGGGAUGCCUGAUGUGGAAGAGAGCUUUAAUGUAACCAGACCAGUGUCUCCACAUGAGUGUCGUCUAAGAGACAUGACCUACUCUGCUCCCAUCACUGUGGAUAUAGAAUACACCAGAGGCAGUCAGAGGAUUAUCCGCAAUGCAUUACCAAUCGGAAGGAUGCCGAUUAUGUUGCGCAGUUCCAACUGCGUCCUGACAGGCAAGACGCCCAUGGAGUUCUCUAAACUCAACGAGUGUCCCCUAGAUCCAGGUGGUUAUUUUAUUGUCAAGGGUCAGGAGAAAGUGAUUCUUAUUCAGGAACAGCUGUCCAAGAACCGAAUCAUUGUGGAUCAAGAUCGCAAGGGUGCAGUGGGAGCCUCUGUGACAAGUUCCACUCAUGAGAAGAAGAGCAGAACAAACAUGAUUGUGAAACAGGGCCGUUUCUACCUGAAGCACAACACACUGUCCGAGGAUGCGCCAAUAGCCAUCAUCUUCAAGGCAAUGGGUGUGGAGAGUGAUCAGGAAAUAGUGCAGAUGAUUGGCACAGAGGAGCACGUCAUGGCCGCUUUUGCCCCCAGUCUGGAAGAGUGCCAGAAAGCACAGAUUUUCACCCAAACGCAGGCUCUGAAAUACAUUGGAAAUAAGGUGCGGCGUCAGCGUAUGUGGGGUGGUCCAAAGAAAACCAAGAUGGAAGAAGCCAGAGAACUGCUGGCCUCAACCAUCCUCACCCACGUGCCUGUGAAAGAGUUUAACUUUCGGGCUAAGUGCAUCUACCUGGCUGUGAUGGUGCGCAGAGUGAUCCUUGCUCAAGGAAACAACAAAGUGGAUGAUCGUGACUACUAUGGUAACAAGCGUCUGGAGCUGGCUGGCCAGCUUUUGUCUCUGCUGUUUGAGGAUCUCUUUAAGAAGUUUAAUUCUGAGUUGAAGAAGAUUGCAGACCAGAUCAUUCCCAAGCAAAGAGCUGCUCAGUUCGAUGUGGUCAAACACAUGCGACAGGACCAGAUCACAAACGGCAUGGUUAAUGCUAUCUCAACUGGAAACUGGUCUCUCAAAAGAUUUAAGAUGGACAGACAGGGUGUGACGCAGGUGCUGUCACGUCUUUCCUUCAUUUCGGCUCUAGGAAUGAUGACCCGUAUCUCCUCUCAGUUUGAGAAAACCAGGAAGGUGAGCGGGCCACGUUCUCUGCAGCCCUCACAGUGGGGAAUGCUGUGCCCCUCAGAUACUCCUGAAGGAGAGGCUUGUGGACUGGUGAAAAACCUGGCUCUGAUGACUCACAUUACCACAGACAUGGAAGACGGACCGAUCAUUAAGCUUGCUUUUAACCUGGGAGUGGAGGACGUCAAUCUGCUAUGUGGAGAGGAGCUUUCUUAUCCCACUGUCUUCCUGGUUUUCCUCAAUGGUAACAUCCUCGGAGUGAUCAGAGACCAUCGUAAGCUCGUCAGUACGUUCAGGCUGAUGAGAAGAGCUGGAUUCAUUAAUGAGUUUGUGUCGAUCUCCACCAAUGUGACAGACCGGUGUGUCUAUAUCUCCUCUGAUGGGGGGCGCCUCUGCAGGCCCUACAUCAUUGUGAAGAAUGGGCAGCCAGCUGUGAAGAACAAACACAUUGAGGAGCUGUCUCAGGGCUACAGAAGCUUUGAGGACUUCCUACAUGAAAGUCUGGUCGAGUAUCUAGAUGUGAAUGAGGAGAAUGACUGCAGCAUUGCUCUGUAUGAACACAUGAUCACAAAGGACACUACUCAUUUGGAAAUUGAGCCGUUUACUCUUCUGGGGGUUUGUGCUGGUUUGAUCCCUUAUCCCCAUCAUAACCAGUCUCCCAGAAAUACCUACCAGUGUGCUAUGGGCAAGCAGGCCAUGGGAACUAUUGGCUAUAACCAGAGGAACCGAAUUGACACUCUGAUGUACCUGCUUGCCUAUCCACAGAGACCCAUGGUUAAAACCAAGACCAUUGAAUUAAUUGAAUUUGAGAAGCUUCCUGCAGGUCAGAAUGCCACGGUGGCUGUGAUGAGCUACAGCGGGUAUGAUAUAGAGGAUGCCCUCGUGCUAAAUAAAGCCUCACUAGACAGAGGUUUUGGCAGGUGUCUUGUUUACAAGAAUGCUAAGUGCACCCUUAGACGUUACACUAACCAGACCUUUGAUAAGGUGAUGGGUCCAAUGCUGGAUGCAGAAACACGGAAGCCCAUCUGGAGACACAGCAUCCUGGAUGCAGAUGGCAUUUGCUCUCCUGGGGAGCGAGUGGAGAAUAAGCAGGUGCUGGUGAACAAGUCGAUGCCCACGGUCACUCAAACACCACUGGAGGGCAGUACCCAGCCAAACCAGCCACAGUACAGAGAUGUGCCCAUUGGCUAUAAGGGCUCAACAGACUCGUACAUAGAAAAGGUGAUGAUCUCCUCAAAUGCUGAAGACGCUUUCCUAGUGAAGAUCCUGCUCAGGCAGACACGUCGACCCGAGAUAGGAGACAAAUUCAGCAGCCGGCAUGGACAGAAAGGUGUUUGUGGCUUGAUUGUCCCUCAGGAGGACAUGCCGUUUUGUGACUCCGGGAUCUGUCCAGAUAUCAUCAUGAACCCUCAUGGAUACCCCAGCAGAAUGACUGUUGGGAAGCUAAUUGAGCUGUUAGCAGGGAAAGCUGGGGUACUGGAUGGGCGUUUCCACUAUGGCACGGCUUUUGGCGGCAGUAAAGUGAAGGAUGUGUGUGAGGAUCUGAUUCGCUAUGGAUACAACUACCAGGGCAAGGACUACGUCACCUCUGGCAUCACUGGAGAACCUCUGGAGGCCUACAUCUACUUUGGUCCAGUGUACUAUCAGAAACUGAAGCACAUGGUGUUGGACAAGAUGCAUGCCCGAGCACGUGGUCCAAGAGCAGUGCUUACCAGACAACCUACAGAAGGACGCUCUAGAGACGGUGGUCUGCGUCUGGGAGAGAUGGAAAGGGACUGUCUGAUUGGCUAUGGUGCUAGCAUGCUGCUGCUGGAGCGCCUCAUGAUCUCCAGUGAUGCUUUUGAGGUUGACGUGUGUGGUCAGUGCGGCCUGCUGGGAUACUCUGGGUGGUGCCACUACUGUAAGUCUUCAUGCCAUGUAUCAUCUCUGCGCAUUCCAUAUGCCUGCAAGCUGCUCUUUCAGGAGCUACAGUCCAUGAACAUCGUGCCUCGGCUUAAACUAGCACCCUACAAUGAGUGAACGUGCUGACUGAUCUCAAGGCAAGAAAAUUGUACAGCUAACUCAAGCUACUGUAAAAACUGCACUCAUAGCUGUGUACGUCUGGAUAUCGGUGCCAUGCUGUAAUGGUUCUUCAGACGUGUUAAUGAAAUUCUGUGGAAAACUUUAGUGGCUUUAUUUUGAGUUUAAAGAGGUUAAGACGUUUAAUGUCUAAAAGAAACUAAUUCAGAAAAGAUUAGAAUAUCACACUAAUCUCAAGUGGCAGAUAGAGCUUGCAUGAAGAAAGUGCAUACUAUUUUUUUCUUUCAGAUGAAGAAAUGAAGAUUAUUCAUUAUUUCUCUUUUUGGUUUGGUCACAGCAAUUGUGACAUUUUCUUUAUGUAUAUGUAAGUAAUAAAUCUUUAAAUUAUAGAA